UUAGUGCUCCACGUAAAGGCUGUCGCAGACGAUGAGGAAGAAAAAGGAGUGCAUGCUGGGAUGUCUCGGCAGUGAACUCCUGUCAAGAUGUCUGACAUGGAGGAUGAUUUUAUGUGCGACGAUGAAGAAGAUUAUGACUUGGAAUACUCCGAAGACAGCAACUCUGAACCCAACGUUGACUUGGAGAACCAGUAUUACAACUCUAAAGCACUGAAGGAGGAUGAUCCCAAGGCAGCGCUCAGCAGCUUUCAGAAGGUUUUGGAGCUUGAGGGUGAAAAGGGUGAAUGGGGCUUCAAAGCCCUGAAACAGAUGAUAAAAAUCAACUUUAAACUGACAAACUUCCCUGAGAUGAUGAAUCGGUACAAACAGCUGCUCACCUACAUCCGCAGUGCAGUAACCAGGAAUUACUCGGAGAAAUCCAUCAAUUCCAUUCUCGACUACAUCUCCACCUCCAAACAGAUGGACCUGCUGCAAGAGUUUUAUGAAACCACUCUGGAGGCCCUGAAAGAUGCCAAAAACGACCGGCUCUGGUUUAAGACCAACACCAAGCUGGGCAAGCUGUACCUGGAGCGAGAGGAGUACAGCAAGCUGCAGAAGAUCCUCAGGCAGCUGCAUCAGUCAUGUCAGACCGACGACGGUGAGGAUGACUUAAAGAAGGGGACGCAGCUGCUGGAGAUCUACGCCCUGGAGAUCCAGAUGUACACAGCGCAGAAGAACAACAAGAAACUGAAGGCUUUAUAUGAACAGUCUCUGCACAUCAAGUCCGCCAUCCCUCACCCGCUGAUCAUGGGCGUCAUCAGAGAGUGUGGCGGUAAGAUGCACCUGCGUGAGGGCGAGUUUGAGAAGGCCCACACAGAUUUCUUCGAGGCAUUCAAGAACUAUGACGAGUCAGGGAGUCCGCGCCGCACCACGUGCCUGAAGUACUUGGUACUGGCCAACAUGCUCAUGAAGUCGGGGAUCAACCCCUUCGACUCGCAGGAGGCAAAGCCGUACAAGAACGACCCAGAGAUCCUGGCUAUGACGAACUUAGUAAGUGCCUAUCAGAAUAAUGACAUCACUGAGUUUGAGAAAAUUCUGAAGACCAAUCACAGUAACAUCAUGGAUGAUCCGUUUAUAAGGGAGCACAUUGAGGAGUUGUUGCGGAACAUCAGGACUCAAGUUCUCAUCAAAUUAAUUAAGCCUUACACAAGAAUACACAUCCCCUUUAUUUCGAAGGAGCUGAACAUUGAUGUAGGAGACGUUGAGAGUUUACUCGUUCAGUGCAUAUUGGACAACACGAUUCAUGGACGCAUCGAUCAAGUCAACCAACUUCUGGAACUUGAUCACCAGAAGAGGGGCGGAGCCCGAUAUACAGCUUUGGACAAAUGGACAAAUCAGCUGAAUUCGCUCAACCAGGCCAUUGUUAGCAAGCUGGCUUGAAUGACACAUGCUGUAGCCCAUAGAACUUCAGUCCCUGCCACAGAAUCUGUGGGUGUUUUUUUUCCCCGCACUGUGGUAGGCCUAAUUUCAGCUGAAAUAUGGAUACAUCUGGAAUUCGACAAUUUUUUUUUUUUUUUUAUCGUCCAGUAUGUGAUUUCUGUGAUUUGCUGCCUGUGUUUGUCCAGACGGCUUCGGCAUUCAGAACACCAUAAUUCUGCGGAGUUAUCGAAAUGUCCCAUGCUGAGUAAAAAAAAAAUAAAAUCACACUGGAAGGGAAUAACCAGACAGAAAUCUUAUUUUUGUUAGCAUUUCCCACCUCUGCAUUAGCUAUAUGUCAACAGGAACGUGGCCCCAAGCUGUAAGCCUGUUUAAGCAUGUUUAUUACACACUGCUAUACUCAGUCUUCAAGCUGUGUUUUCUUCAAUCAGUACUUAAGCAAAUUUUGUAAACGUGUGGCACCUUUGUGGCCGUAAGAAUGUCAUCGAAGCUGAAUUAAACUAUGGCUCAGACAUUGUA